UCUAAUAGGGACAGUUAAACCAGCGGUUGGUAUCUCCCACUCUCACUGACUGACCACCACCAAAAAAUUAAAGAAUAAAACCCAAAUCCAAAUUAGGGCAAAAUCAAAAUCAAAAAUUUUUUAAAAUGGAGAGAAUGAGUCAGGCAAUGGAAAAAGUUCGAAUGCUGGUCGGAAUCGAAGUUGAAGAUGACCGGCAACUACAACAGCAAGAAGACGAAGAAUCAACAUUUGCAUUCAUGGAUGACUUCAAUCGCCACUGUACUUUAACCACCCAACAAAGACUAUAUGGUUUUGCCAUAUGUUUGGUUGCUGGUUUGACUUGUACACUUAUGUCAAUGCUAGUGUUUUUCAAUCCAAUUAAAUUUGGAAUAGCAUUCACCUUUGGAAAUUUGCUUUCACUUGGGAGCACAGGAUUCUUGAUAGGCCCUAAGCGUCAAGUGAAUAUGAUGCUUGAUCCUGUUCGAAUUUAUGCAACUGCCUUGUAUCUUGCGAGCAUUUUACUUGCCUUGUUAUGUGCUCUCUAUGUUCAUAAUAAGCUGUUGACACUGCUGGCAAUCAUCUUAGAGUUUGGUGCUCUUAUUUGGUAUAGCAUGAGCUACAUUCCCUUUGCCCGGGCCAUGAUCUCAAAAAUCAUGGUGGCUUGCUUUGACACUGAAUUUUAGGCCGACAGGACUCAGAAUCAUAGUCUUAUUUGCUGUUACAUGUACAUGAGAUUACGACUUAGAGACUUAUAGGUGCGGCAUGUAAUAUUGAUCAUACAUUGUAACAAAGCUUUUUCUUUUGUUCCUUGUUGAGGAACUUCAUCUUGAUGUUUCACUACCCUUGAUACCAUUUUCCGAAGAACUAGUUGGUACUUUUUGGUUGAGUUA